UAUAUAAGUUGAAAUAUUUCGCAACUGCAAUGAAGCCGUGUACGUGACAAAUUGGAUUUCUGUAAUGACGGCCCCGAGUAGUUUACUAUGCUGACGUAGUGGUUCACGAUGGCGGUUAUCAGUAUUUUGGUUAUGAUAGCUCACAUGUGAUUUAACUUCUGUUAUUUUGUAAUAUUAUUUAUUGUCACAGCAUAUUUUAUAUAAAAUGGAAAUAGACCACAGAGCAAAGAAAAGAAUUAAAGAAAUCAAGAGAAAAGCAAGACCAGAACUGAAUGAUAAAGGAGAUUGGACUCAACUUGGGUAUGCCCAGAGGUUUGACCCUUACAAAUUGGUGAAUGACAAUGUAGAGAGAAUACAUGUGAAGGAUUUUUCACCUAAGGCUUUUAUAGAAAAGUAUGAGAGUAUAUACAAACCAGUAGUCAUUCUUGGUAUACAAGACAAGUGGAAAGCAAAACAUAAAUGGAAUCUUGAGAAGCUGGCAAAGAAGUACAGGAAUCAGAAGUUUAAAUGUGGUGAAGACAAUGAAGGUUACAGUGUGAAAAUGAAAAUGAAAUAUUAUGUCCAGUAUAUGGAGACAACCUUGGAUGACAGUCCAUUGUACAUAUUUGAUAGCAGCUUUGGUGAGCACCCUCGUAGGCGACGGUUACUGGAGGACUAUGAAGUUCCAGAAUACUUCCAAGAUGACUUAUUCCAGCAUGCUGGAGAAGAGCGUCGUCCCCCCUAUCGUUGGUUUGUCAUGGGACCAGCUAGAUCAGGCACUGGUAUUCAUAUUGAUCCACUUGGAACAUCUGCUUGGAAUGCUCUGAUAUCUGGUCACAAAAGAUGGUGCCUUUUUCCAACUCAUACACCACGUGAGUUACUUAAAGUAACUUCAGCAGAUGGAGGCAAACAACGUGAUGAAGCAAUAACUUGGUUUACUGUGAUAUAUCCCCGCACUCAGUUGCCAACGUGGCCAGCUGACUGCAAACCUGUAGAAAUACUGCAGGGCCCCGGAGAGACUGUAUUUGUACCUGGUGGAUGGUGGCAUGUAGUUCUUAACCUUGAUACCACUAUUGCUGUCACACAAAACUUCUGCAGCCGUACCAACUUUCCCAUUGUUUGGCACAAAACUGUAAGAGGAAGACCAAAGUUAUCCCAAAAGUGGUACCGUGUAUUGAAGGAGAAGGAGCCAUCGCUAGCAGCCAUUGCUGAUUCUGUGAAUGUGAAUGAAAGUACAGGUGUGGCAUCAGACAGUUCCAGUGGCAGCUGCUCAACAUCGAGCUCCAGUGACUCAGAUUCUGAUUCUGGCUCGUCACAAUCGCAUACUACAUCGCCAGCACAGAAGCGAUCACGCACGAGAUCUCGUUCCUCUUCAAGUGAUAGUGGUCAGGAAUCACUCACUGCCCACAAGAAAAAGAGGAGAAAAGCAGUCCAGUCACCAAAGGCUACAUCAUAGUGCAUGAUAUACCAUGCAUUAUAAUGUUUUGACAUUUACUUCAGCAACCAAACCACCUACUACAGUACAUCAGCAUGAAGAUUCAAUAUUUUUUAUAAACAAACAAGUGAUAAGGCUCCCAUAGAAUGGCAGCAAUGAACAGUGGUUGAAGUUAGUGGCCAUUAGAUAUAACUGACUGGGAUUUUUAAAAGUUAGGAAAUUUUUCAUAGUUUUUUGUGUGUGUUUCAUUUUCCGUUGUAAAAGUUUUUUAGUGCGCUCCACUUUUAAGACAUUGUGAUUUUUUUCCUGCCUAACUUUCCUAUUUUAAAAUGUUUAUGGCAUUACUUUAUUACCUCUAGUCUGGCUUGGGGAGGGGGAAAAUCAGGAUCCCAUGAAUUGUGAAAUGAAAUGUUUUUGAGGAGGGGAGGAAGAAAUAGGAGUAGAGCAAUGGAGCUAUUGCUGUGAAGUACACAAGGUCAGUAUAAUUUAAAACUUUUAUUCUCCUGUAUGUACACAGUCAUAUUUACUUUUGGUACAUGUAAAUUUGAAAAAGCCAAUUGGCGUUCAACAUCAGACUGCUUCCUCAACUACAGCAGCCACUUUAAACUGUUUCAUUAAAUGUUUGGAGUCUAUUGGUCUUUUUAAUUUCAACCAAAGGCAGUAGACAUAACAGGUAAGGUGCCGAAUAAGAAGACAUAUUGUUGGCUACAGGAAUUAAAUUGCAGUGUUCAUAGGUGACUUGGUGGGGAAAAAAUUUCUUGUAGAUGUUCAUAGAACAAUUUUUUGACAGCAAAAUAUGUUGCUUAUAUUACGUUCACUUAUCACAUAUGUGGCUGAUACCUGAGCCUAUCAGUACAUUGAAUUUACAAUAGGAAAUAACUUUUACUUUAGAUAAGUGCAUAAUAGCCAAUUGUUCCGGCAAACAAAAAAUAUAGUGUCUUUAAACUAAUUUUUACCCUUGCUUCCACAUGUUAUUUUUGUCUUUUAAUAAUCAGACCCUGUGCGGAACCUUUCACUUAUGCCUAUUUGUAAAACUAUCAUCAGUUCUUUACUGCACUGUGCAGUAACAUAAGUCAAACAGAAAUAAAUGAUAACAUUGACUGCUGCACCUGUAAACAGCCUCGUUCUGAUCUAACUUAAGUGAGAUGAUCUGCAAAUCACUUAUCAGUGUUGUUUCUCUUAUGUGGAAAAAAAAUGAGUUAUCACAGCUUAUCAAUUUAAAACUACUAAGAUUAUUUCUAUAAUAUCAAAUGCAGAAAAUCAGAAGAGCAAUUCAUAUUAUAGAAAUAUCUGUACAAGUUUUGUGUCAGUUUUAGUAACAUGGAUGUACGAAGUAUGUAUUUUAUUGUGGUGUAAAACUGGAUAUUUAUUCAAAGCACUUUUACUUGAAUUUCACUAAACAGUAUUGGUUAGAAAGACUGUAGAGUGGUGUAGGCACUAUGUACUCAUAAAUAUUGUGUGUGUGACAUAUUUUCACUUCUGAAGAAGUGUGAAUCAGCUUUACAACAGUAUGGGUACAUCAAGUACUCUUUGAUAUCUUAACAAUACAUGAACUGAUGUUACUUAAUGUGUUUGAGUUACAAAGAAAUUGUGUUCUGAAUCCAUAUCUCUGUGGCCACCCCUCUGAUUUAAAAAAAAAUUGUAAAAAAAGUGUCAAUUUGUUUCUGCUGUUUUUACAGUUGUGCCUGGUUUGGCAAAUAUCCUUGCCUGUAAAUUGUAUUAGUUUCUGUACAGAUUGUAUAUAAUGUAUUAUUGUAUAAAACAGUAGGUUGCCCAAGCACUCAGAAAGAUUUUCGUUUAUAUAGUAAGAAUUGAAACUGACAUUCCUGGUGCUGUAGUAGUAAAUUUCUUACAAAAGAUAUGGUAAUCUACAUGCAGUGAAGUAUUUGUGUCACAUUAUUGGUGAUACGUGGUGAAUAUUGUUUCUCAGUGAUCAGUGCUUUGUUAGUGCUGGUUAUUAUAAGUAUUAUUGUUAGCCUUGAAUUUCAGUUUUUACCGUGGAAGGAACCCUACAAUAGUAAUCAUUUUUGUUAUUAUUAGGAGUUGUGUGAAAGAAAUUGUCAGUAAUCAUUUUAUACAGCUUGAAUCCAAAGUUUUUCUUACAUGUCAUUUAUUUUAAAAUAUAUGGCCAGAGGUAAAAUUUUCACUUUUCAGCCGUAAUGAUAAUGAAGAAUGUGCCUUCUGAAAUCUCUGAGAGGUUUUAUAAUUAUAAAUGUUUCCUUCCUUGUAGCUUCCUAUUGAGAGUGAAGGUAAUAGUUACCAUAUGAAUGUGUAUUUAUGAAUCAUGAAUGUAUCUGGUUUGAUUGUAUGCCUUUCUCAGGGAAGCAUUAUGGCGUUUGGGCAGUAUUACUAAGAGCUACAAAUCUUAGUGCCUAAAAGCCUGUGGACACUAGUCUUCCUCCAGCAUUCAGUGUACUGUUGGAAAGAUGCUAUUAAAAUACUAUGAAA